GGGAGCGACUUUGUGAGAAAGCUCACGCGUGCAUUAGUGUUUGUAUAUAUAUUUACACAUACGUUUGUAUCUUUCUCUGUCGCUCGCGCACUGAUGUAAGAAAGCAAAUGAGUCGUCCUAGUUAGCGCGACGAGGAGAGGUGUGGGCAGCGAACGCGAAUAAUUAUCCUCGCGAUUGAGAGGCGCGUUAGUUAGUAGCGGUCAACAGCAGAGAGAAGUAGAAAAUAAAAUGCAGCCGCUCCGACCGACUCUCGGCAAACUCCUCGCCAACACAUUUAUAACAAAGGUGCACCAGAGAAGCGGUUCUUCGGCGGCGGCCAAACUCGGCGUUCACCCCCAGCAACGCCGUGUGGCCGUUUCGCGCGCCCGCCUCCAACGCCACCUCGAGCUCACCUGGCUGCAGGGUAGCUCUUCCAGCUUCCCCUUGACGUGGCUCAGGGACAACUGUCAAUGCCCAAAAUGCUUUCACCCCGACUCAAAAUCACGAACCGUCGAUUGGGCCACUUGCGACAUCACAAUCAAGCCCAAAGAAGUUCAGGUUUCCGACGACGGCAAAACCGUGAUUGUGGACUGGCUGGACGCGCACAGCUCUCGCUACAGCGCCGAGUGGCUGCACUCCCGACGCUUUGAAGAGGACGCCAGGAAAAAGUGGCUGUCCACCUACAAGCAAGAAAAGGAGAUUUGGCAGUCGGCCGAGGAAACAGAAUUUCCGCGAAAGAGAUUUAGCUUUGAAGGUGUGAUGAGUGAUGACGGCCAACUUCUUCAGUGGAUGCUCGAGUUGGAACGGUUUGGAGUGGCCGUCCUUGAAGGCGCAGGGUGCGACGAUGAAAGGACCGUCAGAAAACUGGCCGACAGGGUGGCCUUCAUUCGCCGAACGCACUACGGCGAGGAAUUCAGCGUCAAGUCGAAAAUGGAGCCAAGCAACGUCGCCUACACUGGACAGGCAUUGCAGCUUCACACCGAUUUGCCCUAUUACGAAUACAAACCUGGGGUCAAUAUGUUGCACUGCUUGGUGCAAGCUGAGGGCGAGGGCGGUGAAAACCAGUUGGUGGACAGCCUCAGGGUCGCCGGUCAACUCAAGCAGAGCCACCCUGAGUUCUACAAAGCCCUUUCGACCAUUCCCGUUGACUGGACUGACGAAGGCGUGGAGGAAGGCAGGCCCUUCCGCAGUCUCUACCGGGCUCCGGUUAUUUGUGAGGAUUCAACUGGGAAAGUAUUUAGGGUAAACUACAGCCAGCCGCAGAGAGACUCGCACUUUUCUGUGCCAGUGGAGCAGGUUGAGACGUGGUACUUGGCCUUAAAACAGUUCACGCAGUUGAUGCUGAGAGCGGACAAUCGCGUAGAGUACAAAGUGAAACCAGGGGAAAUUCUGAGCUUCGACAAUCUGCGCAUCUGCCACGGCCGCAGCGGCUACACGCCGGCAGUGAAUCAAAUCUACGAGCGACACAUCGUCGGCGCAUAUCUCGACUGGGAUGAAAUCAGGUGCAGAAUCCGAGUGCUCAGCCAAAGGGAACAAUAAUAAGGGGGAGGACCGACUGGAAAUCCGGUGAUAGUGAAAGCGCGGUGGAAAUAAUUGUGUGAAUUGCAAACUUUUCGAGUGUUUUAUUUUGUUAAAUAAAAAUUUAUGCUUUUUGAUAUAA